AUGCGCGCGCCGCUUGUGGCAGGUGUUCCUUGCAAGAGGGCCCUGACGACGACGUCACUAUCACGACCGGUAGUAGUUCGGACGGGAGGAGCAACGUCGCGACGAACGCUUUCUACCAACGCUCGAACCCUCCGACCUGCGAACAAGCCGACCGAGCUGUCAUGUUUGCGACCUGGGGGGAGGGUGGCCUACCCGGCUGUUUUCAGUGCUGGGCAAAGGAGGCGGAAGGCGUCUGCUGUUGCGACUGCUGCUACUACUUUUGAGGAUGGGGGGGUGCCGGUCGAGGAGGGGAUAUCCCUAAAAGAACAUGGGGAGGUGAAGGAGGUGAGGAAUGAGAAGGAUGUUGGGCCUGCGGAGGAGUAUGAUAGAAGAGUGGAGGAGGGGUUGUUGAGGAAUGACGAGCAUCAACGAGGUGACCUACAGCAUCUCCACGAGGAACUGCGACACUACACCGCGCCACCUGUCGUCCGACCCACACUUGAGAGCCUAAAGCCGCAAAAGAGUUUAUUUUCUUGGUUUGGCAAGGACACCAAGCCGACGAUUGGGAAGAUUCCUAGCAACUUGCCAAGGGGGUUAUACCUCUACGGCGACGUCGGGUGCGGAAAGACAAUGAUGAUGGAUCUGUUCUACGACACGCUCCCGCAGUCGGUCAAGUCCAAGACGAGGAUACACUUCCACAAUUUCAUGCAGGAUGUCCACAAGCGGCUUCACAAGAUGAAGAUGCAGUAUGGCAGUGAUGUCGACUGCGUCCCGUUUGUCGCGGCCGAGAUUGCAGAGCAGGGGAAUGUCUUGUGUUUUGACGAGUUUCAGUGCACCGAUGUGGCGGACGCCAUGAUUUUGAGGAGGCUGCUGGAGGCGUUGAUGUCGCAUGGGGUGGUGCUGGUCACGACGAGCAACAGGCAUCCGGAUGAGCUGUACAUGAAUGGGAUCCAGCGCGAGAGUUUCAUACCGGCGAUUCAUCUGCUGAAAAACAGGCUGCAUGUUAUCAAUUUGGACUCGACGACGGAUUACCGCAAGAUUCCGAGGCCACCGUCGGGGGUGUACCACACCCCGCUCGACGCUCAUGCUGCUUCUCACGCCGAGAAGUGGUUUCGGUUUUUGGGUGAUCCCGAGUCGCCGGAGCCGCAUCCUGAGGUGCAGAAGGUUUGGGGGAGGGAGAUUAUCGUGCCGAGGGUGAGCGGGAGGUGUGCGUGGUUUACGUUUGAUGAGUUGAUUGGCAAGCCGACCAGCGCGGCGGAUUACAUCGAGCUCAUGCGCUCGUAUGACGCGUUCAUCGUUACGGAGGUUCCCGGGAUGACAUAUCGGCAGCGGGAUCUUGCGAGGAGGUUUAUCACUUUUAUUGAUGCCGUGUACGAGUCACAUGCGAAGUUGGUGCUCACCACUGCUGCGCCGUUGAGGGAGCUGUUUGUCUCCAAAGCGGAGAUUCGGGAGUCGCUGAAGGCGGCAGGCAGAAGCAGCGAGGUGCUGGAUGAUAGUUCGGUGGAGGACGUGAUGAGUCACAUGAUGGAUGACCUGGAGCACAACGCCGAGCAGCUGUCAAAGUCGAAUCUGUUUACGGGCGAUGAGGAGGCUUUUGCUUUUGCGAGGGCGCUGUCAAGGUUGACGGAGAUGGGGAGCAAGAUGUGGGUGGAGAGGGGGAUGGGGUUGGAGAGUCAGGGGGGGAAGAAGGAGAGGGAUGAUUGGGCCAAGACGAGGAGCAGGCAGAUGGAGGAUAGUAUGUAG